AUGUUGUACUUGGUGCUAUUAAUUUUGUCAGCCAAGUGUGUUACGUCAGCUCCGGUCAACACCACUAAAGAGGAAGAAAAAGAGCCGGUGGAUACUAUUGCCCACUAUAAAGAAUAUUUGAAAGAGGCAUCACGGUCAUUGCACUUGGAUCCUAAUACAUUGGCGACUAUUAAGAAACUACUUGACAAUAAUGUCAGUAUACAUGAUUUCCUAUUUUGGAAUUCAAGUCUACGUGGUGUAUAUGACGAAUCGAAACGUCGCAUAAUGGAUGAGCUUCUGGGAGCUGAUGGUGCUAAUAACCCAGAAAAAACAGAAAGGCCUUCUAAUAUGGAACUCGUGAAGAAAUCUAUUGAUCGCUUUAAAGAACUGGAUUUAUUUCAAAUCAAGCAAUACGAAGGCCAUGUAGAGAAAGAAAAAAAUGAAACAGUACAAAGAUUCCUUGACUUACCCGAGGAAAAACGUUCCCAGUUGAUAGAGCAUUAUAAGAAGGUACUUGAAAAACACCAAAAACGUCCAAAAGUUCACCAACCAGGAAGUGGUGAACAGCUUAAAGAAUAUUGGGAGAAAUUCGAGGGUAUGGACAAAAAAUCUUUCAACCCCCGAACUUUAUUUUCUGAUGUUGAUUUGAAUGGAGACGAUUACCUUGAUGUUGGCGAAGUAGAAGCGAUUUUACAACCUGAACUUGAUAAAGCUUAUGAUCCAAAUGACUCAGAAUUUGAUCCAUGGGAAGAAAAACUUGAUCAAACUAAGAUGAGACGAAAAUUUAUGGAUCACUACGAUAAGGAUGGAGAUUAUUUUGUUUCUCGUGACGAAUUCUUACGCGGUGUAACAUCCGAUUAUGCACGAACGGAUGAACCGUGGAAGACUGCUCAAGAUGAAGAAGAUACGUUUGAAACUAAUGAAGACGAAAUAAGACGGUUAGUUAGUGAAGCGCAAUUAAGACGACAGGUAUAUAUCACUCAACAGCCAGUAAUUCAGCAACCAACGCCACAACCUGAAAUAGUCUAA